AUGCGUAUCGUGAUUAAGGAAAGUUGUCACUACCAAAUCGUGUACUAUGUUCAUAUAGAAACGUACGCGGAUGUGGCACAUUUCUUUGCAGCUCCCGCCGAAUUCGGCAGUUAUCAGCUGCAUGAACAUUUGCCUUUUCAACUGCCACUAACACAGUCCACUCUCUAUGGAGCUCCAGUGGCUGCCAAUCCUGUAACUCCUCCAGCACCUGUGGCGCCUACAACGGAAUUCAGUCUGCCGGAGAUCAUUGAGAAUCGUAGUGUCAAGAGCUUAAAUUCAGGACAUGGCAGUUUUAUACCCCUAAGUCAACAUUAUUUACCACCUGCGCCUGAGGAGCGACCCAGCUAUGAAAGUCCCAAGCCUAGUGAUGACUUGGCGGGUUACUAUUAUCCGCAGCCCAGCGUCAGCAGCACCACAAGAAUUCCAACGACAACAACUACACCCCGGCCCAUAGUUGUCCAGGAUCCCGGUGAGGAGAAUGAGUUUGGGCAAUUGCCCUCACCUGGCUAUGAUUACCAAGCGCCACCACUGCGACCCUCGACCCCGGCGCCCGUUUAUCUGCCGCCCGCUGAGAGCAAUCCUGAGCAGCAACAGCUGCGUUUGCAGCUGAAGGAUAUGCGCUGCCUGCAGUCGGGUUACUUUCGGGCUGCACUCAAGUUGGAUAGCUUUCUGGGCGCUGCGCCAGUGUUGGACAACGACAGCGAGAAUGUGCAGGACAAGCACUGCGAGUUGAAGAUGUCGCGCAGUUUUCUGCUGCUGGACAUUGCGGGACCGGACUUUGAGCGCUGUGGAGUACGCGCCUGUGGUCAGGACUUGUGCCUAAGGAUACGCUUUCCAGCCAUACGGGGACUGCGCACCGGAGGCGACUCCAUUCUGACGCUGCACUGCAAGACGCAGGAGCGGAUUGCGGUCAAGACACAUGCCCUCAAAAUGGGCGUGGCCAAUGAUGUGCAAUCACGCAGCAUUGGCACCUAUGCCCAUGGAGGCAACCAGAAUCCCUUUCGCACCCAUGUGGAACUGUUGAGGCGUGGCUCCAACGGCUAUACGAGGCACCUGGAGAGCAAUGGAGCCGUACAGCUGGGCGAGGAACUGUUGCUGCGGGCACAUGUCCUGUCAGGCGAUGGCUGGAACUAUACCAAGCUCAGCGACGUACAGCUGCAGCGCAUCUCGGCAGCCGGAGAGCUCCUGAACAGCGCUCAGCUGAUCACCUCACGUGGCUGCCUCAAUCCGGCCAUGCACAGCAUCUGUGCUCACUCCCCCAACUUUGAGCCGCCCUUGGGUCAAAGAUUGCAAUUCCGGGCCAUCAUGUUUCCGGGCAUGCACAGCGGGGAUUUACUGGUCAUGUCUAUGCGCAUAACGGGCUGUCUGGAGCGUGAGGAUUGCCAGCUGACGGCGCAGGAUUGCCAGCCUGGUGUGGCACAACGUCGACGACGGGAUACUCUUCGAAGUACACAUGGUAAUGCCACAGAGGCAUCGGAAUUAUCCCACAUCACCUUCAGAGUGAUUAUGCCAAGCAUGGAGCAGGAAAUGCAACCAGCAUUGGUAAAUGAUGUGGCCAGAGAGAACGUGGCUGAGAUGUCCAAGUCUGUGGCCUUGUUGGGUAGUCUGGGCUUUGUGGUGCUGCUCUUGGGUGUGGCUAUAAUAGCAGUUUACAAGUUGGGCAAAUAGUCAUAUAGAUAGCUGGAAAUUCUACAUAUUAUAAUGUGUUGAU